GAUUGAAAUGCAGUUUUGAAUUUUUUGGGGACUGUUUUCCAUUUCUGUGCUGCCCACCACAUGGUGUGCAGUUCACACAUGUCGUCUUUUGGAGCGAAGCGCUAAGUAGUGGGAAGAUCACCCAAUUCCAGGUUUUAUAGUGAAUGCUGCAGUGAAGAUAGAUACACUUUUAUUAGCAACAGUUCCUUGGAUGUGUGUAUGUCUUGGAAUAGGUUAAUUAUUAGAGAUGCCAGCUUGAUCUUCUGAAAUUUUUUAAGCUGUGCUUAUUUCUGUGAUGCAACAUCUUUUUUUCACAUCGAAUUUAGCUGCCUUUGGUGUGUUGUUUUUCUUUUCUUUCUUUUUUUAUUUUUCAUUUGUUAAUCUUUGCUCAAACAUUCUGUGGUGUAGCGUGAGUCAUUCUGUCUGCGUGGGAAAGGACUGGUUUGUUGCAGGGUUCAGCCCUGAGUGGGGAGGGGAAAGGGUGAAAUGUAUUUAUGUUUUCUAUGUGUUUGUUGUGGAAAUGCAUAAAACAUUUUUUUUUUCUCUUUCUUUCCUCUCUUCAUCAUCUCAUCUGUGUGGGUGAAUGUUCCUGCAAACCCUUUGGGGACCUAUAGAGACCUUUGUGAAAGAGUUCCUAGCCAAAGCCAAAGAAGACUUUUUAAGAAAAUGGGAAAGCCCACCUCAGAAUACUGCUGGCCUAGAUGAUUUUGAGAGGCAAAAAACUCUUGGAACAGGAUCAUUUGGGAGAGUUAUGAUGGUGAAGCAUAAAGCCACAGAACAGUAUUAUGCCAUGAAGAUACUGGACAAACAAAAGGUUGUCAAGCUGAAGCAGAUAGAACACACACUGAAUGAAAAGAGAAUAUUACAAGCAGUGAACUUCCCUUUCCUUGUAAAACUGGAGUAUUCUUUUAAGGACAAUUCUAAUUUAUACAUGGUAAUGGAGUAUGUUCCUGGUGGUGAAAUGUUCUCACAUCUAAGAAGAAUCGGAAGGUUCAGUGAACCACAUGCACGGUUUUAUGCAGCUCAGAUAGUGCUAACAUUUGAGUACCUCCAUUCAUUAGACCUCAUCUACAGAGAUCUAAAGCCUGAAAAUCUUUUAAUUGAUCAGCAAGGAUACAUCCAGGUCACGGACUUUGGCUUUGCAAAAAGAGUAAAAGGAAGAACUUGGACGUUAUGUGGGACUCCAGAAUACCUGGCACCUGAAAUAAUUCUCAGCAAGGGUUACAACAAGGCAGUGGAUUGGUGGGCAUUAGGAGUGUUAAUCUAUGAAAUGGCAGCUGGAUAUCCCCCAUUCUUUGCAGAUCAACCCAUUCAAAUUUAUGAGAAGAUUGUUUCUGGCAAGGUAAGGUUCCCAUCACACUUCAGUUCAGACCUAAAGGAUCUUCUAAGAAAUUUACUCCAGGUAGAUUUGACCAAACGAUAUGGAAAUCUCAAGAAUGGUGUAAAUGACAUAAAGAACCACAAGUGGUUUGCGACUACAGAUUGGAUUGCCAUUUAUCAGAGAAAGGUAGAAGCUCCAUUCAUACCAAAGUGCAGAGGCCCUGGAGAUACCAGCAACUUUGAUGACUAUGAAGAAGAAGAUAUUCGUGCGUCUCUAACAGAAAAAUGUGCAAAAGAAUUUGCUGAUUUUUAGUAGGAGUAGGAGGACAAGAUGACAUCAGGGCUCACAUUGGGAUCUUUGCACUCUGUUAUCAGAUGAGGUGGAGCUGAGACCAUCAUAUGUCAAAACAGUUACCUAGUUACUUCAUUCCACAAAGCUGACUGAGGUCUUUAUUGCCAUCUUCCAUGUGUGCGGUUUGCACCAACCCUUCUAACUAGGCACAAUUAAGCAAGCACUGUUUGUGCAGUAACACAGAAUAAUAGACCACUUUCCUACUUAACUUUGGUUUCUGUCGUUCUUUGUUUCUGUGUAUUGUUCAUUUUUCCCCUUUAAAAUGAAGUAGUUUUUUACCCAAGAAUGCUCCAUUUUAUUUUGAAUAAUGUAUUAUUUGUGUGAGUGAAAUGGAAGGUGUUGCGGCUAGUGUGAUUUAGACUGAAGUGAAAGGUAAAUGUUGCUUCUAGUCUGUGCCAGCCAAUAAUUCUUGUCUGUCUCGUGUCUGAUGCUACAAUUUAUAAUAAUAAUUUUUUAGUAGCUCAGACUAAACCUAGCCAACAUUUUUAGCGUUUUUGAAGGUAGUAUUUAUCGCCAUAUAAAUGUCUGCUAAAUUAACUUAAAAAUGUUUCUUCCUGGGGACUGACCAAAAUUCAGUAGAAUCAAUUGGAAGGCUUAAGUAGGAGACAGUAGCUAGACCCCGUGCCUUGGUUUUCUACAUCCCUGCGGUUUUCGUCACUGCCUCCUUCCUUUGUAUUUCCACCUAGGCAGUAGGUCAAUUGCCAUAACCAGACUGUACCACCGAAAGCUUACAGUCUCAAGAGAGGGAGUAAUUCCAUCUGGUCUGGAUUUUGGACCAUAUUUAACCAAGUCAACUUACCAGCAUUUCAGUUGGCCAUAUGAAAUGACUUUUUUAAGAACAUUAACCCUAAACUCUUAAAGGAAGUUUUGGUCAGUAUUGUAGAGAAUGACUCAUUUUUAUUCUUUUUUCUUUUUUUUUUUUUCUCAGCCAAUAUUUGGGCUCCCAAAGUAUUCUUUGUUUUAAGCCUUUUUUUUUUUUUUUUUUUUAAA